AUGGCCCGAGUCGGCGAGGGAGGAGGGGAAGAGGCAGCGGCGCCGGGCGGCCGAGCGGGGGGAGGAGCUGGCAUGAGCGGGGGAGCAGGAGGGGAGCCGGACGAGACAGCGGUGGCGGCGGGGAGGGAGCAUGCGGCGCGAGGGAGGCCUCGGGGCAGCCAAAUGGCUGCUGUGACACUGCUAGAUGCCAACGACCUAUCAAAGGUUAACGUUAUAAUUAUCGAGGACAUACCUUGCAAGGAUAGAAACGGAAACAUUGUUCUCAGUCAUGGGGAGCCAUUGAUCCACACUGAUGGGACUGGCCUAAUCUCAGAAGAUAUAGCCAAUAAAUGCCCGACGAGUGUCGUCAAGGGAAACUUUUCGAGGACACUUGACCUGCAACUUCUUCCCGGAACUAUUAAGAUACGGCGGUCAAUGAUCAAAACAGCAUCUGAUCCAAAUCUACGGGAUGGGCAGUCCUUUAACUCACUGGAAAUAGUUGGUACAUGCUGUUGGAAUCCUUUCCUUUUGGCUAACACUAGAACACCAUUCUUUCUCAGCAAAUAUCCAAAAAGAGCCUUUACAUCAAGGUUUUUAAUAGCACUGCUUCAUUAUGGAGGGGUUCCAGCAGAUUAUUUUUUGGAGCUUGUAAGGAAGGCACUAAAAGAUGUUGAGAAAGCUUGUCAUAAAGCUAGUGAUUCUCUCGAAGUUGCAUAUAACCAUGCCAACAUGGACGAUUCUAUGUCAGCACGAAUGAUUCUUUCUGGAAUUCAACCUGAAGAUGAUGCAUAUUUGCAAUACCAGCUGGCUUUUAUGACUCGAGAAGAAAGAGAAGGAAUCAAAUUAGGAAGGAUUCCUAUUGAGGAGAGUUACUAUCUGAUGGGCACAUCAGAUCCUACUGGGACACUAAAGCCCAAUGAAGUUUGUGUGAUACACAAGAAUGGACAAAUUUCUGGAGAGGUUCUUGUCUACACAAAUCCUGGGUUACAUUUCGGCGAUAUACAUGUAUUAACAGCAACUCCAAUUCCUAAUUUGGAGAAGGAUAUUGUGGGAUUUUCCAAAUAUGUUAUAAUACUUCCUAUUUCUGGUCCACGGUCUUUGGCUGAUGAGAUGGCUAACAGCGACUUCGACGGUGAUAUGUACUUUGUAUCAAGAAAUCCCCAGGCUGGAAUUUGGAUGGAAUUUGCGAUGUUGUUUCUGAUAGUUUUUUCUGAUAGUUGA